AUGGAGGCGAACGGGACCGAGCCGCUGCCGGUGCAGCCAGCCGUAGACACGCUGAUACUAAACGGGGACGCGGCGGAACGAGAAGAAGCCGACCCCGCCAAGAAGAAGAAGAAGAAGAAGAAGAAAAGCAAGUCCGCCGCUUCCGCAGGACACAGCGAGCAGGAUGAGGAUGGCGAGGUGAGGAAACAAACCGAACUGCAGAACCUGGAUGAGAAAGAAAGAGAAGAGGAUGGAGAAGAAGACGGUGAGGAAGCUGACAACGUCUCUGGGAAAAAGAAGAAAAAGAAGACAAAGAAGAAGAAAGGACCCAAAACCCAAACGGACCCUCCAUCCAUCCCCAUCUGUGAUCUGUACCCCAGUGGUGUGUUUCCUGUGGGUCAGGAGUGUGAAUACCCUCCAUCACAGGAUGGGCGUAGCGCCGCUUGGAGAAUGAGCAAUGAGGAGAAGCAAGUGAUGAAUAAAGCCAAUGAGGAGAUGUGGAAUGACUUCCGGGAGGCGGCUGAAGCCCAUCGACAGGUGCGGCAAUAUGUAAAGAGCUGGAUCAAACCUGGAAUGACUAUGAUUGACAUCUGUGAGCGUCUGGAGGACUGCAGUAGGAAGCUGAUCAAAGAGAACGGUUUGAAUGCAGGGCUGGCGUUUCCUACCGGGUGCUCGCUGAAUAACUGCGCUGCUCACUACACACCAAACGCUGGAGACCCUACUGUCCUCCAGUACGACGAUGUGUGCAAGAUUGAUUUCGGCACACACAUCAGUGGCAGGAUCAUUGACUGUGCCUUCACUGUCACCUUCAAUCCAAAGUAUGACCGCUUGCUCGAGGCUGUGAGAGAUGCUACCAACACGGGCAUCAAGUGUGCAGGUAUAGAUGUACGUCUUUGUGAUGUUGGAGAAUCAAUACAAGAAGUGAUGGAGUCGUACGAGGUUGAAAUAGAUGGCAAAACGUAUCAAGUCAAACCUAUUCGCAAUCUGAACGGACACUCUAUUGGUCAGUAUCGGAUACAUGCUGGUAAAACAGUGCCUAUAGUGAAGGGAGGAGAAGCCACCAGAAUGGAGGAAGGGGAGGUGUACGCUAUCGAGACGUUCGGCAGCACUGGUAAAGGAGUGGUCCACGAUGACAUGGACUGCUCGCAUUACAUGAAGAACUUUGAUGUUGGACAUGUGCCAAUCAGGCUGCCCAGGGCAAAGCACUUGCUAAAUGUUGUGAACGAGAACUUCGGCACCCUAGCGUUCUGUCGCCGCUGGCUCGACCGUUUGGGUGAAAGCAAGUACCUGAUGGCCCUGAAGAACCUGUGUGACCUGGGCAUCAUCGACCCCUACCCCCCUCUCUGUGACGCCAAGGGCUCGUACACGGCUCAGUUCGAACACACCAUCCUGCUCAGACCUACGUGCAAGGAAGUCGUGAGCCGCGGAGACGACUACUGAGACGUACAUAUGCAUAAACACUCGCACUCCAGUCCCAUGCAAAAACAUACACAAACAUAUAGGCAUUCUUAAAAGAAUAAACUAGUUUAAUACCUGAAAUGCUGCUGUGAACGCGCAACAUAUACUCAGCAUUAAGUAAGGCAUGAAAAUACUAUGCAUGGGUACGAGUCAGUGCCCGAAGUGAGCGAGAUGAAGACUUUAUACUCAUUUGUACUCUGUGUAGUGAAUGAGAGAAUGUAAAGAGUAUGGCUGCUUGGCUUUACACGUCACUGAAGGGCUUUUGCGAGAAAAACAAAUUCAUCAGGAAAUAAAUCCGUAAUGCGCACAGCUUUUAGAGUUUUUUUGGUAUUUGUAUAAUAUCAAAUGGCUGUCUCAUCUAGUACCUAUUACAUUUUGAACUCCCGGAAUUCUUUUUAAAAAAAAGACUAAAUAAAUUGUACAAUACU